AUGGCUUCAGAAUCCAUGCUCCCAGAGCAGGCAAAACAGCAUCUGAUAAAGGGAAAAAGGCGGCAGCAGCAGCAGCAAACUAGGUCUUCCAACAGUGAUGGUGAAGAUGAAAUCUUUGUAUUUGAAGCAAAUGAGGCUUGGAAGGAUUUUCACAGCUCUCUUCUUCACUUCUUUGAAGCUGGAGAGCUCUGCGAUGUUACACUGAAGGUUGGUUCAAAGCUUAUCUCCUGCCACAAACUGGUGCUAGCUUGUGUUAUACCUUAUUUUAGAGCCAUGUUUCUUUCAGAAAUGGCUGAAGCCAAGCAGACGUUGAUUGAGAUUAGAGACUUUGAUGGUGACGCAAUAGAAGAUCUAGUGAAGUUUGUGUACUCCUCCCGACUUACUCUGACUGUCGAUAAUGUCCAGCCUCUCUUGUACGCUGCUUGCAUUCUUCAGGUGGAGCUUGUAGCAAAAGCUUGCUGUGAAUACAUGAAGCUACACUUCCAUCCCUCCAACUGCCUGGCAGUCAGGGCUUUUGCGGAGAGUCACAACCGCAUUGACUUGAUGGACAUGGCUGAUCAAUACGCUUGUGAACAUUUUGCCGAGGUGGUGGAAUGCGAAGACUUUGUGAGCGUGUCACCGCAGCACCUCCAUAAACUCUUGUCCUCCAGUGAUCUGAAUAUAGAAAAUGAAAAGCAAGUUUACAAUGCUGCUAUCAAGUGGCUUCUGGCCAAUCCACAGCAUCAUGCUAUGUGGCUGGAUGAAAUACUUGCUCAGGUGCGACUGCCUCUGUUGCCCAUUUGUUUCCUUAUGGGUGUUGUGGCAAAGGAAGAGAUUGUCAAGCAGAAUCUAAAAUGUAGGGAUUUGCUGGAUGAAGCAAGAAACUACCACCUUCACCUGAGCAGCAGGGCAGUGCCAGACUUUGAAUACUCCAUUCGCACAACACCAAGGAAGCAGACUGCUGGUGUGCUAUUCUGUGUUGGUGGUAGAGGUGGAUCAGGUGACCCAUUUCGCAGCAUUGAAUGUUACUCUAUAAGUAAGAACAACUGGUUCUUUGGCCCCGAAAUGAACAGUAGGAGAAGACAUGUGGGUGUGAUCGCGGUGGGAGGUAAAGUCUAUGCAGUAGGUGGACAUGAUGGAAAUGAACACUUAGGAAGCAUGGAAGUAUUUGAUCCUCUCACAAACAAGUGGAUGAUGAAGGCAUCAAUGAACACAAAGAGGAGAGGAAUUGCUCUUGCCUCCCUCGGUGGCCCCAUUUAUGCAAUAGGAGGUUUAGAUGACAACACGUGCUUCAGCGAUGUGGAAAGAUAUGACAUUGAAUCUGAUCGAUGGAGCGGAAUAGCCCCCAUGAACACUCCCAGAGGAGGAGUGGGCUCUGUAGCCCUCGUGAACCAUGUUUAUGCUGUGGGUGGCAAUGAUGGUGUAGCAUCUCUUUCCAGUGUGGAAAAAUAUGAUCCCCAUUUGGAUAAGUGGAUAGAAGUGAAAGAGAUGGGUCAGCGAAGAGCUGGCAAUGGUGUUAGUGAGCUCCACGGCUGCUUGUACGUUGUCGGUGGUUUUGAUGACAACUCUCCACUGAGCUCUGUGGAGCGGUUUGACCCACGCAGUAACAAAUGGGAGUAUGUAGCAGAGCUUACAACUCCAAGGGGUGGAGUUGGCAUAGCAACACUGAUGGGUAAAAUUUUUGCAGUUGGAGGUCAUAAUGGCAACGCAUACCUGAAUACAGUGGAAGCAUUUGAUCCCAUAGUGAAUAGGUGGGAACUCGUCGGCUCCGUGUCACACUGCAGGGCAGGGGCAGGUGUGGCCGUGUGCUCCUGUCUCAGCAGCCAGAUCCGUGAUGUGGGCCAAGGAUCCAGCAACGUCGUCGACUGCAUGUGAACUCUGUCGCCUCCUCCAAAUUCCAGAGGAAUAACAGUACAGAGGCACUGCAGAGCUUUUUAAACAGUGUUUGGUAUGGUAGGUUAUGAAAUAAAUACAAAGCAUUUUCUUUGUGAAAAUGUUACUUACUGCAAUAUUAAGGUUUUGGUGGAAUUCUGACAACUGUGAGACAGAAAAGCCUGUGGAAACAUGGAAUAGAAGUCUGUCUUACAGGAGAAAACCCACUAGAGCUGUGCUUACUCCACUUUUCAGAAGUCAGAAUUUCAAAAUCAUUUCAGGCAGCUGUUGCAGGGACUCAUUACUGAAUUGUGAACCAGGCAUUAGGUGAGAAGAGAGCAGCAGUCAGUGCUGCUGAGCCUUACCCAGCAGCCCUGCUAAGCGUUUUCUGAAGGACUGGUGUGCCAUUUAAAUUUAACUUAUUUUUCAGAAAUGUAGUCUUAAACAUUUUCUAGUUCUAGAAGAGCUUUGCCACACAAAGCCUUUCAAGUUUUAGAAGGUAACAAUGUCCCUGUUUCAUACUAAGCUAACCAGAGCAGAGAGGUUAGCUGCUCGCCUCCCAAGGGACUGAGUGUCCACAGCUGCUGCUGGCUGCAGUGGAAACUUUCUUCAGACUGAAGACAGUCUGAAGCUGUCUUUUAAGUACUUUCUCACUUGUUGCAAAGCUGAAAAGAUACUUGACCUGUUUGUGGGACUUAACCACUGGAAUACUGGAAUUCUUCUGUCUUCAAUAAAAUGUAUAGUAAUGACUCCCUCCAAAAGGGAAGUUUCUGUUGAGAUAUCAUUCCUGAAGCAUAAUUUGUAAUACAGUGUAAUUUGUCCUACUUUUAGAUAAUAGUGUGACAAAGUACAGAGAUCAGUGGUCGCUGAGUCUGCUAAUACCAUUUUUAUAUGAAGUAGCAACACAUCAUAGAAGUUGCAGUAGUCUAUUAUGACCAAACAAAAAAAAAAAUCACCUUUAAAUGCAACUCUAGGAGCUUACAUGUCCAGUUUCAGUAUCUAGCAGCAAUGCAGUGAUAACAGUAGGGCACUAGCUUCUUUAAAAAAAAAAAAAAAAAAAAAAAAAAAAAAAAAGACAGUUCAGACAGAAAGAAUCCAUCCCCGAAACAGUUAAAUGUCUGAAAACUUAAAUAAACCAAAGAGAAUCUGCAGCAAAAAAGCACUGGAAACAAAACAGUACUUACAUUAAAGAUUAAACCCAAAACUUAACAUGAAACCCUGAAUUCAAGAGCAAGUCCAGCUGCAAAGACUACAGAUGACUAUUCCUGAAUCACCUUGAACAGACCAACGACUGACCAAGAAUCUUCUGUGACCAAAGUUUCCCAUUACAAUAUUUCUCAUGUGACUGGAGAGAGCGCAGAAAACUUCUUUGCAUUCAGUACUAGGGAAAAGCUGUUGACUGUACCAGCAUAAAGCACAGCAAUGUUUUACUAUUGCAUUACCACCGUUUAGCUUUUCUGUUUCCAACCGCUUGCAUGUUGGUGGCACCCAGGGACAAAAAUGAAUGAACGGUACUGUAAAUAAUGAAACACUGCAAUAAAACAUUUGCAUUUCAAGGCA